CCCCUGAAGGAAAAAAAUGCAGAAGGAAUAAUUGAUGAAGAAAUCGGUUUGAAAAAAAAAGGAAGCAGGGGACUAGCGUCUUGUUAGCUUUCGAAAUCGCGAAGCCUUGUGGAGCAGGGUGUGUGUAUGGUGUGAGUGUGUGUGUGUGUGUAUGUGUAUGUGGAGGCUGCGGCGCCCCGUAGUACACCACAUCCCUAGUCGGAAGAGCAGCUGGAUUGCUAUUGUCAUCUCUGGCCAGCUGAGAUAAAGCAGCUGCGGCAGCGUCCCUUGGAAAGAGGCAGCAGCCCCGCAUCGAGCCCAUCCAUCUCCCGGCCCCAGCAACCCCGCACUGCCUCCCAGCCGUACCACACUGGGGACGCUGACCUUGGGCUGGCCAGCGACUCGGUUCGCAGGUUUGAUUUUUCUGGAAAAGAGGGGACAACAAAAGGAAAGCAAAACAUUUCUCUCUCUGUUUACACUUCAUGGGGAUGUGUUCAAGGCAGGAGAGGAUACAGACAGACAUAGACAGCGUACUCCAGAGGUGCAAGGCGGACAAGGACUGCCUGUUUUCCGAUUUCAGAUAUUCCGAUUCCACAUUCACCUAUACAUAUACAAGAGGCUCGAAAAGGGUGUCUUAUUCAGUUCACGUCUCCGAGGAUUAUCCAGACAAUACUUACGUGUCAAAUUCAGAGAAUGAAGAUGAUGUGUUAGUUACAAGGGACCCCAUUCCAGUUAUUUUCCAAAGAAUAGCAACAGAAUUAAAGUUCAAUCAUGAUGCCACAAGCUGCCUGUCAAUCAGAACAAAGCUGCACAACGAGAGGUGCCAGGAGAGCAGGCAUACUUGCACAAUAGAGGAAGAUUCAGAAGGAGAUAAUGAUUCCGAGGAAUUUUAUUACGUUGGUCAGGGAAACUAUGAUGGUGAACUUCAUAAGCAUCCACAGCUCGAAGCUGACCUGGCAGCCGUGAGAGAGAUCUAUGGACCUGCCGCAGUAUCCCUCAGGGAGUAUGGUGCAAUUGAUGACGUGGACAUUGACUUGCACAUUGAUGUCAGCUUUCUUGAUGAGGAGAUCGCGAUUGCAUGGGAUGUUAUUCGCACAGAACCGGUGAUUGUGCGACUGCAUUGCUCUCUCACACAGUAUUUAAAUGGUCCAGUUCCAACGGUUGAUGUUUUCCAAACAUCGACAAAGGACCGGUUUGGAUUGGGGCAUCAAUUGAAAAAAAUCAUGCAGACUUUUGUUACACACCAGUGGAAGCAGAACAGCAAGGAGAAACUGAACUGUCCCCAUGGCAAAAAGAUCAGUGAGAAGAAAGUGAAAUCCCCACUGCACAUAUUUUCAUCUUUGCGCAGGUCGCCAAGUUAUCCUCCACCUGGAUGUGGCAAAAGUAAAUCAAAACUGAAACCAGAACAAGAUGGGAUUCCCAAGUCACAGAAACUGCUAAAGAGGAACUGUUCCAGUACUGGGAAGGUGGAAGAUGGCUGUGAUUCCAAACCUCACAAACCUCUAGGCCGUUCUUUUUCCAGUGAUCCUAGAACUGAUCAGACUAAUUCAUCAAAGCCGCAUAAACUUUUAAGUCGAUCGUGUUCUGCCACCAUGAGGCUGGAUGAAAAUCUUCCCCUGAAGUCCCACAAAUUAUUGAGCAGGACAUGUUCUGGUGACACCAGAUGUGAGCACAAUAGUGCACCCAAGCCACACAAACUGCUGAGCAAGUCUUGUUCCAGCACUCUGAAGCCAGAGGAGACGGAUGGACUAAAACAUCACAAGCUGCUGAGCAGGUCCUACUCCAGCAAUGCCAAAGUGGGUAAAACAGAGUUGUGCAAAGAUCCCACUUCUGAGGGUAGAAGACUCUCACUUACCUCAGGUCUCAUUGGCAUAUUAGCGCCUUCCUCUUCAUCACAGUCCACAUCUAGCUUUAAUGUGAAAACACUAGUAUCAAGGGAGCAUGGGUUUCUCGUGCAGACCAUUGAAUAUGCAGAGCAGCGGAUACCAGUCCUCAACGAAUACUGCGUGGUGUGUGAUGAGCCUCAUGUCUUUCAGAAUGGACCAAUGCUUCGGCCCACUGUAUGUGAACGAGAGCUGUGCGUUUUUGCCUUCCAGACGUUGGGAGUAAUGAAUGAAGCUGCAGAUGAAAUAGCAACAGGAGCCCAGGUGGUGGAUUUGUUGGUGUCAAUGUGCCGAUCUGCUUUGGAGUCUCCAAGAAAAAUGGUCAUAUUUGAGCCAUAUCCGUCUGUGGUGGACCCACUUGAUCAUCGCAGCCUGGCAUUUAACCCAAGGAAAAAGGAUUAUGAGCGGUUAGUUAAAGCACUGGACAGCAUAACAUCCAUCAGGGAAAUGACCCAGGCACCGUAUUUGGAAAUCAAGAAGCAGAUGGACAAGCAGGAUCCACUGGCACAUCCCCUGUUACAAUGGAUUAUUUCCAGUAACAGAUCCCAUAUUGUAAAAUUACCUGCAAAUAGGCAACUAAAAUUCAUGCAUACGCCUCACCAGUUCCUGCUCCUCAGCAGUCCACCGGCCAAAGAAUCCAAUUUCAGGGCAGCAAAGAAACUUUAUGGGAGCACUUUUGCAUUUCAUGGUUCACAUAUAGAGAACUGGCACUCCAUUUUAAGGAAUGGUUUAAUUGUUGCAUCUAACACACGAUUACAGCUACAUGGAGCAGUGUAUGGAAAUGGCAUUUAUCUUAGUCCGUUGUCAAGUAUUUCUUUUGGUUACUCAGGGAUGAAUAAAAAGCAGCAGAAGGUGACAACCAAGGAUGAACAGCCUUCACACAAUAAAGCAGCCACUUUACAGUCACAGAAAAAAGGACAGCAACCCCAGUUUUUGCAGAGUCGUAACCUGAAGUGUAUAGCCUUAUGUGAAGUGAUCACUUCACCAGAUUUGCACAAACAUGGAGAAAUUUGGGUAGUUCCACAAACAGAUCAUGUCUGCACAAGAUUCUUCUUUGUAUAUGAAGAUGGCCAAGUGGGUGAUAUCAGUACAAACACACAGGAUGCCAGCAUUCAUAAAGAAAUUCUUCGGGUUAUUGGAAACCAGACAGCAACAGGUUAAAAGAAUCACACAUCAUCACUGACUGGAUCAGAAUGCCACGUCUGGCUUUUAAGCUGCAGUGCAGUUUCGAACUAAAAUAUUAACAACCUAAUUUCAAAUGCACAAGCUAAGAUUUAAAUAACGCACUUAUUUUCAAGAUUUCUCAUUCGAACCCAAUAUUUUAGAAAAGCUAAGUCCGAAGUUUUGCCAGACAUCGAGUUGGCAUUGUUGUGAUGGGUUUUCCUGGAAAAGUUGUACAGUAUUGUGUAUUGACCCUGAUUUUAUUCGGCUUUGGGAAAUUGAGCAUGAGACUGGUGCGUUAUGACUGGAUUAGGUUCUGGUGCUGAUUAGUUAAGUUGUGAAUCUUGGCGAAGUGUAGAAUUUGCGAUGAGUGAUACUUACGGGAUUGCACCCCACUGUAUCUCUAAGUUGCCAUGUAGGAAUGCUGAGGAGGAAAACUCUGCCUCAGGCAUCAGAUGAAUCAAGAAUGUUCCAUGUUUAUCAGUUGCUCCUCUUUUACUCAUAAAUACCACAUAGUUUUAGCAAUGUUGAUAUAGUCCACUCCCAUUAGGAGUGAGAACUGUGUUACUUUUUAAAAAGUCAGUCUAUCCUAUACCAGCCAAACCAUUGUUUUAUUUAUAUUUUGAAAAAUGUUAUAAUUGUGAAGACAAAAAGAAAUUUAACAAAAUACUGCCUGGGGUGCUUUGAUUGCGGGCCUUAGUGAAGAAACCCUCCCUUCUAAAGCGCCAUAAUGAUGCCAACUUUUUAUAUAACAAAGCCUUUUUUAAAAACUCUUGGUGGUGAUGGACAUUGGUGCUGGCAGCCACUACAGAUUCCUUUUAGACCAGAAUAAAAACUAAAACAAUACCAGAGUCUUGAGAAAUGGUAUCCAAAAUGUACAUUUUUUUAAAAAAUAGAAAUGUAGUGCAGAAUUUCAGCAUAUUGAGACAAUAAAGGAUAGUCAUUUUGAUAUCUGAACUUGUCCAAAAAAAUAGAACACUGCUUUUUUCUAUAAAAGUGGCAUAUUUAUGUUUAAAAUAAGGAUUGGUCUUCAAUUAAAAUAAGGUUGUCACUCCGCUCCUGAGUUUUGAAUCUGGUUGAAGUUUUUUUUCCCUUUACAGACAGUAUCUUCUUUCGGGAUAAAAAUGAUCCAUCCAACAUUGCUCUGACACCUUUUAAUUCUGUCGAUAUUGAACUCCCUACUAAUACGAUUAUUAUGUGAAGAGUUACUAGAUUUUGGCAUAUUAUUUCAAAAGAAGAAAAAAAAGAUUCUUAGUAACUGUUUUGAACCAAUAUUAUAUAAUCCUUGCAGUGAGUACCCUAGGUACCUUGCAUGUGGGAGUGACCAUGUGGCAUUAAGUCAAUGAUGUCAUCAUAAUAUGACUGAAUACUUGUCUAUUGUUAGGAAGAUUUAAUUAUGCAGUUAAAAUUAGUAACAUUUGGUAUUUGAUUUACAGCAAAACCCCCUCUACAAUGUGCCAUUUUACAACGAUAAAAUGAUUUUGUUCUCAGUUUUUAUUUCAAAAGUACCGUAGAAAGCUGAAUUGAGGAGGGAUCCACUUUGGAGAACGUUAAACAGCCUGUGUUGUUAUGUAAGUUAUAAUUUUGCAGAUUGGGGAGCAGUAGUUCAAAGAGAACAUUGCAAUAUCUGUACUUUUCAUAAAGCUCUUGGAAAUUACAGACUUAAUCUAGAUACAAGCACAAAACACUUUACAAUGGUAUUGCUUAUUCCACUCUUCUGUAUCAGAUACAAUUAAAAAUCAGCAUUUAAUUUGAUACUCUUUAAUUACAAAGAGUUUAGAAAUGCAACUUUUCAGACAGAUCAACCAGUUUCAUUCUUUUUGCUCUCUCACGAUAUAUUGAUGGUACUGAUUUCAGCUUAAAAUAAUGAAGAUUAAAAUAUCAGGUAUGAAAGAAGUUUACAAAUCAAACUUUCUUUGGACUUGUUUAAAAUAUAGAAAUCACUUCUUUUAAGUAUUUGUUACAUUAUCAUUGUACACUAUCAUAACAUGUCUUAAGUAUCAGUUAAAGGAAUAAUUCCUGUGACAUAUUUCAGAGUUGAAAGAUGCAGAUUGUAAGCAUGUUUGUAACAAGGUAUGCAAUGUGAACUAACUCUUCAAAAUAGGUAUCAAGUUUUUCAACAUAUAUUCUCUAUUUAUACUUAUUUGACAAAUUUGUGAAGAUUUGUUGAAAGCUUUCGUUUUGGACAUUUGCUGUGCCACCACACCAGAUUUCACUAUUAUGAGGUAUAGUUUGUACUGUCCUUUUAAAAUAUAUUUCUGCUUUGCAUUUUAGCAUCUUUCACUUCUUUGACUAAAUCACAACUUUUGUUCAAUUUUCCUCUACUUAUUUCUAAUAUAAUACCAACCCUGCAUUAAGCACUGUCUGUAUAUCCACACUGCAGCAUAUAGGUUCCCAGUCACAAUUUGCAGUCCCAGUAAUCAAUGUUGCAUAUUUAGAUUUGUUCAUGAAAGUAACCCAAGGUUUCACAGGUCAAUACUUAAAACAGUUAAAAUAAUAAGUUUCACUGAUUCUUCUAUUAUUUAGAGUAAAUUCAAUUCUAGGUCAGAAAUCAACUAACAGAUCAAGAUUAACACACACAGAACUCACCAGGUCAGGUAUCUAUGGAAAGGAAUAAACAGACAGUAUUUCAAACCAAGACCCUUCAUCAAGACUGAAAAGAAAGGGGGGAGAACUCAGAAUGAGAGGGUGGGGGUAAGUGAAAUUGUACAAGCUGCAAGAUGAUAGGUUAAGCCAUGUAAGGGGGAAGGUUCCACCCGGGUAGCCCCAACCUAAUAGCAAGAACAUCGAUUUCUCUAAUCUCCAGUAAUUUUGUCUCCUACCCCUUCUCUCUUUUUCCAUUCCAUGUUCUGAUUCCCUUCUCAUCUUUUCUCCUUAUUUACCUGUUGGUUCCCUCUGGUGUCCCUUCUUCUAUAGCCUUUUACCUUUUCCACCCAUCACAUCCAAGUAUCUCCCUUACAGCUUAACCUAUCAAGUUUCGCUUGUUCUCCGUCUCCCUGCCCCACCUUCUCAUUCUGGCUUCUUUUCCAGUCCCAUUGACGGCUCUCAACUCAAAACUUUGACUGUUUAUUCCUCUCCACAAAUGUUGCCUGACCUACCAAGUUCCUCCAUUUUGUGUGUGCUACUCUGGAUUUCCAGCAUCUGUGGAAUCUCUUGUGUUAAAAGUUCAAGAUGAAUGGACGUGAAAAUUAGGGAGGAUGAACAGUGUAAUGGAAACUAAAUUGUUAGGUAGUGGUUCUAUUGCCCCACCAACCACUCCGUCCCCUCCUUUCUCACCAUCUCCAAACUGUAUUUUUAUAUUGUAAUCUAUUCUUUGCAUUUUAACCGGUGUUCAUCCUCCCAAAGUACGAUAAAAUGGAUCUAAGCGGAGUAGCACGAGCAGACGAUAUGUAUUCUCAUUCAUGGAGCAUCACAGUGAAGUAAAGAGUGUUUUUGACUAGCAUAUUUAUUUUGUACCUUCCCCAGAAAUGGAAAAGUGGUUAAUAUCCCUUGGAAGUAUAAUUAUUAACCACAUAAACAAAUGGUGAAAAUGGCUGUUGUCACAGAUGUAAAUAUCAAUUGUUAUCAGGCUAUGUUUGGUACUUGGGCCACUUAAAAUAAAAAAGGGCAUGUGGGAUAUGUUUUCUUGCUCUAAUACUUCUAAUGGCAUUGCCCACUAUAACAGCAGAGUCCAUAUUAACAUACUAGACAUGUAUUUGUGAAAGGACUUUCAGUCAUGGACAUUACAUUUGUGAAUGGGUAAAAGUGGUCUUUGGCAAGCAAAGCACAAACCCUAAAGCAUUGACUGUACUUGAUUGCAUAAACUGUUAACCUGAUGUCUUUUGAGAUAACUUUUUGGAAUGUAUUAUGCAUAUUAGGUUAGCUGUGUGAAUAAUUUUAACAACAUGCUGUUAUAAGCACAGCAUUUGAGCAUACUCUGAAGGAAUGCUGUAUUAUUGGAAGUAUCAUCAAUCAGAUGAAAUUUAAAAUCUGCCUGUCCUUUAAUUGAAACUAGAAGCAAAAUAUUUGCUAUAAUGAGAAAAACCAUGAUUUUCCCCAGUACUAUAAAAUAACAGCCCUCACUAUAAAAUACUGCCAAAGCACAUUGGAUCUGAUACUGCUGGGUGCAGUAUGCAGUUUCGUUCAGAACUCUACAGAUUAGUUAUUCAAACUGAAGGUUUGUGUGCCCAUGCUGUGAAAUGCAGAAAUCUGUGACCCACUGACAGAGUUGUGGAAUCAAAUCAGCUUGCCUCCCUACAUGGUGGAACCAAAAAGACGAAGCUGGAUUAGAAAUCCCACUGGUUUCAGUACAAUUUAUAGUGAGGUUAAAUGGAAGAGUUCAUUUUCUAAAAAAAAAAUCUUCUGAUUAUUUUAAGCACUUUUGAGUUUGUUCGUUAUGUUAAUUUCCAAUGUUUGUUAAUUCAAUUCUUGUGAUUUAUAAAUAUCAGUAUGUCCAAGGCAUGCAUGAACUAUGAAUAUCUCUUAUUCAUCUUACAGCAGGAAAACUGAUUUCAUAUUUGCCAACCAUCAGUAUUUUUAGGCGUUGCUCGGGACUAUGCCAGAAACAGGCUAGGCACCACUGAGAUCAUGAGCAGAGGGCCAUCAAGACUGGCUUCCUGUUUGGGACAGAUAAGUGCAAGUAUGCAAGGGCCAUGGGUAGCAGUUCUGGAUAGCAAUCCCAGACCAGCACAAUUCUGCCCAUUAACUCAUGGGUUUCUUUCACCGUGAGUUCAACGAACUGUCCUUAGUUUGGUUGUCACCCUGCUUAUGAUGCAGUCACUGCAUUUGAAAAGUAAUUAUAAGCUGUUGAAGCAUUUUGAGAUGUAAUAAGAUCAUAUGAAUACAAGAACAAUUCCUACAAAAGUGCCUCAUUAUAGACUAAUUGAAGCAUAGAACACAGAAGCAAGACCUUUGCCCCAUAGAUGACCAUGAAGCGCCCACAUAAGUAUCUCCCUUUUUCCCUCUUACAUUGUUCUGAACUUCUCACACCCAAUCCCAACCACCCAUGCCCAUGCCCAUUCCACCACACCUGAUUCAUUUGUUACCCAUUUGCACUAGAGCCAAUUAACCUACCAAUCAUUAUGUGACUGGAACAAGAGGAACCCAGUGCACCCAGUGGAAACAUGGGAGAACAUGCUAACUCCACAUAGAUAGCAUCCAUGUUUGAGAUCAAAGAGGGAUCUAAGCUACUGUGCCGACAAUGUUUAAGUCUCUCAAUAAAUUUCAUUUCAUAAUUUUAAAAAAUGUGACUUUGUCUCAAGCUAAUAUAUAGAAGACAUUUAUUGUAAAACUAUGUUUGCCUUGCUGGGCACCAGGAAAGUAACUGAUAAGGAUCAAGGUUUUUGAUGAUCACGAGAGAUUCCAGCAAAAUGGAUGAAUGGAAGCUUCUGCCCAGGUUCAUCCUUAUCAGUGAAAUUGGCACAUUAUGCCCUCCAGUACAUCCUUUACUAGAUACAUGCAAGCAACAAUUUUUCAAACAUUUCCGUCUGAGAAACUGUCUCUGAUCAAGAACUCAAUUUAACUAUUCUGUCAUUUGUCAUGCAUAAUAUUCCUACAACUGAAAAACAAAGCCUACUGGGAUGGUAUUUGUGGGCUAUGUUCCUCAUCAAGAGCACAGUGCUAGCCUUCACCUGUGCAUUUGUUCUAAUGAUGUUUUCAAUAGCAUAUUAUGGGAGGAAACACAGGCAGGAAGCCGCUUCCACGCAGAAUGGACUUCAAACGUCUACAUUUGCUUGGAACAAUUCUGUUAAGUAUAGAGUCAUAGCUAGGCUUCAUAGUCUUGUCGGGAAGCUAUUUUUUAAUCAGUUUAUUAUUUUUUUAUCAUAUUUGGCUUUAUAAAGGUAGUGAAUUUUACCUUUGGAAAAUAGAGAUGGCCAUAAAAGAAAAGUGAUUCUGAGUAGUUUUAAGCAAAAUUAAUCUUUCAAAAUAGUAUAGAUUUCCUGAACUUCAUUCUUUAUGAUAUUCUUAGUUUUUACACGUAGAUUGAAGCCAACAUCCAUUGCUGUUCUGACAGGCUGUGCUCAAGUUUGAUGAGUUUUUGUUCAUUAAUUUCCAUGGAAACUUCCUUGAGUUCAGAUUUGUGCCUGUUUCAAUCUAGGUUAUCCAUGUCAUAGAGUUUGUCAUUUGAUGGAAGAAAAUCCAAGGCUGUCCUGGGUUAACUGAACAACAGGCAUUUGUUCUUAGGUUAAUGGAGCAUUUUAGUUGCUAGUUAUUCCAAACCUAGGUAACUAGGAUAUCUUUGGGGCAAAGGAGGAGAAUCAAUGUCUGGAUGUCAUGGUUUAUAGAUUUCUACCUAAACGUGCAAAUAGAUCUUUUAGCCAUUGUCUUAUUUCUCUGAACCUCUCACCCUUUCUCACAACUUUCUCCCCUUUCUCAAUCACUCUGUCUCCAUCCCUCAAGACAAACUGUCUACUGACAUCUUUUGUAAACCUCUUGAUUCCCAUGGCUAUCUUGACUAUACCUUUUCCCACCCUGUCUCCUGUAAAAAUGCCAUUCCCUUUUCUCUGUUUUUUCAUCCCUACCACAUCUGUUCUUAGGAUGAGGCUUUCCUUUCCAAGACAUCAGAGAUGUCCUUCUUCUUCAAAGAAUGGGGAUUCCCUUCCUCCAUCAUUGAUGCUACCCUCACUCGCAUCUCCUCCAUUUCCCAGACACCAACACUCAUCCCAUCUUCUGAUUGCCUUAACAGGAAUAGAGUUCCUCUUAUCCUCAUCUACAAACCCAUGAACAUCCAACACAUCAUUCACGCAACAUCAUCCAUCUUCACCAGAACCCUACCACUGAAACAAUCUUUACUUUUCCCUCCCCUCCACUCUCCACAGUGAUCAUUCACUGGGCGAUUCCCCUGCCCAUUUGUCCCUCUCUCCUAUUCAGACUCCAAACAAUCCAUCCAGCUGAGGCAACACCACCUGCAAAUCCUUUGAGGCCAUCUACUGUAUCCGGUGCUCCCGAUUCAGCCUCCUCUACUGUGCAUUGGCGAGACCCAAUAUGGAUUGGGGGUUUGCUUUGUCGCACACCUCCGCCUCAUCUGCAAACAGCAGGAUUUUCCAGUGUCCAGCCUUUUUAUUCCUAUCCCCAUUCCCAUUCUGGCAUGCCCUCCUCUUUUGCUCUGAUGAUACCACUCUGAGGUUGGAGGAGCAAUACCAACCUAUUCUGUCUAGGUAGUCACCAACCUAAUGGCAUGAACAUUCAUUUCCCCAGCUUCUGGUAAUUUUUCCCCCUGCCCCUUCCUUUUUCUAUUUCCCACUUUGACCUCUUACCUCUUUUCCUCACCAGCCUAUCAUCACCCCCUGUUGCCUCUCCUCUAUCCCUUUCUUCCAUGGUCCACUUUCUCCUUCUAUCAGAUUCCUUUUUCUCCAGUCCUUUACAGUACCCAUCUACCCCCCGCCCCCAACCUGGAUUCACCUGUCACCUUCCAGCUUGUUUUGCUUCCCCUUCCUCGCCCCCCACCCCACCGUCUUACUCUGUCAAAUUUCCACUUCCUUUCCAGUCCUGACGAAGGGUCUCAACCCAAACAUCAACUGUUCCAUGGAUGCUGUCUGGCCUGCUGAAUCCCUUAAAAGAACAGUUGCUAUGUUUUGGGAUAUUUCUGGUAAAUCCUACUAAUGCAUCCCUCCCCAUCACACAGGUUGUACUGGAGCUUGACAAUUUUUCUGGGCUCCCUGGGUAGGACGCUGUAUGGGUCCAUACUUAGCCCACAAACAUGGUUUGAACACAUAUAAAAACAGUGUAUACUACAGUGUGCAUCCUUUACACAUAAAACUAACUACUGGUGGAGAGGAGAAUAUUUCACCCAAGUUAGAAUGUGGACUAUAAGUUUUCCAUACCCUGAAAAAUUUGUUUUCCUAGCCGUGUUUUGCUUGCUGCUCAUUUUUUCUGCUAUGCUGCAUGGGCAAUUGGAAAACUGAAAUUGCAAUUUACACUUUAAGACCACUGUAUAUAUUUGCCCUACAAGCGGUGUUCCAUUACAUUCCACUGUAAGGCACAGUCUGAUUAAAUGUUAAUGUGAGCAAUGCAGUGCAUUUUAUUAAUAAUAUAGGUAUUUAUGGUAUAGGUUUAAGAUUUUUACAAAGCCAUUUGGGAUUAUUAAUAUAAAUUGUCAAAUUGACUUAUCACUAAAGUUAGAUUUCUGAUUUUAUCAGUUUGCUGUGUUUUUUCAUACCAGAUGAACUCCAUCAGUACUGCUUUCGCUCUCAUGUAUUCUGACACAAGGUAUAGGAGCAGAAUUAGGCCACUCGGUCUAUCAAAUCUGCUCUGCCAUUCCAUCAUGGCUAAUUUAUUAUUUCUCUCAAUCCCAUUUUCCUGCCUUCUCCCCAUAACAGUUGAUGCUCUGUCUAAUUAGGAACUUAUUAACCUCCAUUUUAAAUAUACUCAAUGUUUUGGCCUCCACAGCCAUCCAUGACAAUAAAUUCCUCAAUUCACCAAAGAAAUUUCUUUGUUCUAAAUGGAUGCCCCUCUAUUCUGAGGCUGUGCCCUCUGGUCCUAGACUCACCCAGUAUUGGAAACAUCCUCAUCACAUCCAUUCUAUCUAGGCCUUUCGAUAUUCAAUAGUUUUCAGUCAGAUCCCCCUCCCAUUCCAUUCUUCUAAACUCCAGUGAGUACAGGCCCAAAGCCAUCAAAUGCUCCUCAUACAUUAACUUUUUCAAUCCUGAAAUCAUUUUAGUGAAGUUCCUGUGGAUUGUCUCCAGUGCCAACACGUUUUCUUAGAUAAGGGUCCCAAAACUGCUCAGAAUACUCCAAGUACCCUAAUACCUCAUCCUUAGUAAUGGACACCAACAUCUUUCCAACCACUGAAGUCAAACUAACUAACUUAAUAAUUUCCUUUCUUCUGCAUCUUCUUAAAAAGCACAGUGACAUUUCCAAUUUUCCAAUCCUCCGGAACCAUGCCAGAAUCAAGGAAUUCUUGACAUGGUGGUAAGGGUGUGUUGUCAGGAGACUAACAUGUUAAAAAUAUAGAUUGUGUAUCAUCUAGUAGUCUGAGCUGUGAUUUGAAACUUGGUUCUUUAUGAAGUGUUGAAUGGCUACUAACACAAAUUAAGGUAUGACUGUGUAUUAUUUGCAUGCCAGACUGUUGCUUUCAGUGGUUUGUAAUUACCUUAAAAAUGUUUCAAAGGGUGUAAUUUGUUUUUGGCCAAAGUGCAAGACCAAUGAUAAAAACUUUGCAGCCUUUCAUAAAUCUUAUCUAAUUCUGUUUUCCUUUGUUGGGUCAAACAGUGUGUUAGAGUUUGCUGAACAGCUUUCUCACUGUUCUUCUCAAUUGCCAAAUGAGUGUUUUGUCCCCUUAUUUUAGACUUGAUGGAACUGAAUGGUAGAACUGUUUCAAAUGCCUGAAUGACCUACUACUGUUUCUGCCAUUGAGCUAUACUCACUCAAUACAUUAGAAGCAAGCCAAUCUUUUGCUUAUCAAUUAAUUACCCAGUGAGUGAAGCAUGUGCAUGAAGCAAGUGGACCAUACUACUGUUCGACAUUAAAUUAAGACUACACGCUGCCAUGCUAUCAAUACAAAUGAAAGGUGUUUGAGAAAACACCUGCAGAUCUAUUGUGUACUAAGUAUCGCAAGUUUGGGUUUAUUUGCAUUUGGAUUUCAAAUAAUUACCUAAUUGACAAGGAAAUGUGAGAGGUAUUGAGACACAACUAAUUUUAAAUGAUUCAAAUGAAGAAAAUCAGAGAAUCCAUCAGACAAUCCUGCUAAAAAGUUGAAUAUUAAUUAUUUUCUCUUAAUUAUAGAGUGUGUGUAUUGUGAUAAUUAAUGCAUGUCUUGAAAUAGGAAAAUGCCCUAGAGCUAAUAUUACUUUGAAAAUUAUACCAUGACAAACAUAACUUUGUUAUGUUUUUCUCAGUUUUUAUACCAGGUUUUAAAAUAAGUUUUAAAUUGGUAAGCCUCCACAACAGAGAAACACAUUUAAACUGAUAAAGGCCCUUUAGCAAAUGGUUAGAGAUACACAUGAAAUACUAACCAAUCUUCCGGUCAUUUAUAUUCCUUUCACUUUCAUCUUUUGAGGUGAAACUAGCCUGCAGUAGAAACAAAAUGUCGGUGUCUGGAAAUUGGCAACUCCGCUACACCAUGUAAAAACAAAAGAAUAUGCUGAAAAUUUCCAAAAUGUCAGGUAGCAUCUAUGAAGUAGGAAAAGAGAUCAGCCAUCUUUAAGAAAACUUGUAACGAAGAGACAUUAAAGAACAUUAUCUUUGGCUCCCUUUCCACAAAUUCUGCCUAAUCAGCUGUUUAUUUCCAUCAGUAUGUGUUUUUAUGUCAGACUUCCUUUCAUAGUUGUGUAAAAUAGUUGUUGAUCUGUUUUCACCCACUGUGCACCACUGCCAAAGACCAGUUUCAUCCAUUUUGCCUCUCUCUCACGAUUAAUCACUGAGUAUUCAUAAAGAACAGACACAAUUAGCGGCAUGGCUGUAAAGGAAAAAUUAAUCAAGACUCACAGCAGCUUCAUCUGUCUGAGCUUCCACUUUCACCACCACUCUAUUCCUAACCCACUUAUUUUGUCCUUUUUAUGCUUUCAUUUUAAAAUUUGAUGCAGAAUUUUCAUUACACAAGAUGAAGAACAGCAGUCACAAACAGAUGUAAUUGUAAUUCAGUACCUUAGCUUUCAGUGCCUUAGAAGUAUAAGAUACUGUCAACAACGACAUCAAUGUAUGUACAUGAUGUAAAUUUGCCAAAAAAAUACAGAGGCCAAAUAUUUUCUGUACUCGGUUCACAUUGCUUUUAAUUAGAAGUUUAGGUCCUGUUGCUGUCUAAUUUCCUCAAAUUGGAUUUAUGUUUGCUGUUUGAUCAGUUCAUGAAAUGUUUUGAUCAAUCAUUGAUGUAAAUGCUUCAUUAAAAAGGUAAUCAA